UUGUGACCCAGCCGCGGACCACAAGCAGGGAUUCGGCGCGCUACGGCCUUGGGUCCGCAUGGGUGAGCCGGACCGGAUCCGUGGUCUGGCCUCCCGCGGGUGUGGCGGAGCGGGAUGGGCGGGGCGCUAGUGGGCGGGGGCUCGCGGAGGGCGGGGCGGGUGCCGGUGCCGUUCGCCUCUCGGCCUGCAGGGGGCGCUGUGCGGCCGCGCUGCCUCCAGGAAGCCUCACGGGCCUUCGUGCCGGGCCGCGGCGCUGGCUCCCAGGAUGCAGUGUGGACCGGCCGGGCGCUGACGGCGGUGGCGCGUUGCAGGCGGAGCGGGCAGCUGGCCGGCCACCGAGGAGCGCAGCGAGGAAGGAGGCCGCGUCGCCUGCCUAGAGCUCCGGGCGGCCGCGCCUGCGUGGGUCGCGCGGCAACGACUUCCUCUAGGGCCGGGCCGGGCAGCGCAAGGGCCAUGGCCGAGGCGGCAGCGGCUCCGAUCUCUCCGUGGACAAUGGCAGCUACAAUUCAGGCCAUGGAGAGGAAGAUUGAAUCGCAGGCUGCUCGCUUGCUUUCCUUGGAAGGUCGGACCGGGAUGGCCGAGAAGAAGCUGGCUGACUGCGAGAAGACAGCUGUGGAGUUCGGCAACCAGCUGGAGGGGAAGUGGGCUGUGCUGGGGACCCUGCUGCAGGAGUACGGGCUGCUGCAGCGGCGGCUGGAGAAUGUGGAGAACCUGCUGCGCAACCGGAACUUCUGGAUCCUGCGGCUGCCCCCGGGCAGCAAGGGCGAGGUACCUGUGACCUUUGAUGAUGUAGCCGUGUAUUUUUCUGAGCAGGAGUGGGGCAAGCUGGAGGACUGGCAGAAGGAGCUGUACAAACACGUGAUGCGAGGCAACUAUGAGACACUGGUCUCCCUGGAUUACGCCAUCUCCAAGCCUGAGGUUCUCUCCCAGAUUGAUCAAGGGAAGGACCCUUGCACCUGGCGUCGCACUGGUCCCAAGAUCCCAGAUGUUCCUGUGGACCCAAGUCCAGGCUCAGGGCCCCCAGUUCCUGCCCCCGACCUCCUGAUGCAGAUCAAGCAGGAGGGGGAGCUGCAGCUGCAGGAGCAGCAGGCGCUGGGCGUGGAAGCCUGGGCUGCUGGGCAGCCGGACGUGGGAGAGGAGCCCUGGGGCCUCAGCCAGCUGGACUCAGGAGCAGGAGACAUCUCCACGGAUGCCACCUCUGGCGUCCAUUCCAACUUUUCAACAACCAUCCCACCCACUUCCUGGCAGGCAGAGCUCCCACCCCACCACCCGUCCUCUGCAUGCUCAGAUGGAACACUGAAGCUCAACAUGGCAGCCUCCACAGAAGCAGAUGUAAAAAUCGUGAUCAAAACAGAAGUCCAGGAAGAGGAGGUGGUGGCCACACCUGUGCAUCCCACAGACCUGGAGGCUCACGGGACCCUGUUUGCGCCAGGCCAGGCCGCAAGGUUUUUCCCCAGCCCUGUCCAGGAGGGAGCCUGGGAGAGCCAGGGCAGCUCCUUCCCUGGCCAGGACCCCGUGCUGGGGCUUCGAGAGCCAGCCCGGCCAGAGAGGGACCUGGGCGACCUCAGCCCUGCAGUGGCCCAGGAGGAGACGCCCCCCGCUGGAGACUGGCUCUUUGGUGGGGUCCGGUGGGGCUGGAACUUCCGCUGUAAGCCUCCGGUGGGCCUGAACCCAAGGAGCGGGCCCGAGGGGCUGCCCUUCUCCUCGCCGGAAGGCGGGGAAGCCAUCCUGGACCCCAGCCAGGCCCCGAGACCCUUUCCCGAGCCCUGCAAAUACCCGGGCCGGACCAAAGGCUUUGGCCACAAGCCAGGGCUGAAGAAGCACCCGGCAGCGCCCCCAGGCGGCCGGCCCUUCACCUGCACCACUUGUGGCAAGAGCUUCCAGCUGCAGGUGAGCCUGAGCGCGCACCAGCGCAGCUGCGGGCCGCCAGACAGCACAGGCACCAGCGUUGCCCCCUCCACGGCGGCCACGGCCACAGGUGGUGGUGGCAGCGGUGGCGGCGGUGGCAGCGCGCGGGACAGCAGUGCCCUGCGGUGCGGAGAGUGCGGCCGCUGCUUCACGCGGCCUGCACACCUCAUCCGCCACCGAAUGCUACACACAGGUGAGCGGCCCUUCCCUUGCACCGAGUGCGAAAAGCGCUUCACAGAGCGCUCCAAGCUCAUUGACCACUACCGCACCCACACGGGCGUGCGGCCCUUCACCUGCACCGUGUGUGGCAAGAGCUUCAUCCGCAAGGACCACCUGCGCAAGCACCAGCGCAACCACACGGGGGGUGCCAAGACCCCAGCCCGAGGGCAGCCGCUGCCUCCUGUGCCUGCCGUGCCCCCCGACCCCUUCAAGAGCCCCGCUGCCAAGGGACCCCUGGCCCCCACAGACCUCGUGACCGACUGGACUUGUGGCCUAAGUGUCCUGGGACCUACCGAUGGUGGGGACCUGUAAGCCCCAUCCCUGGACUCCCCCGGCCACAGAUAUACAGAGCAGGUGCAGACAGCAGGGUGGCUUCAAAGGCGCAGAGGCAAAAAAGGGAGAGAACCAAAUUUCCACAUUGCUGAACUGAUGACUGGAAAAAGAACUCAGUACACUUACACCUCCAAAGUAGGAUUCUCUGUGAAACUGAACACCAUGGUAGAAUUUUCAGUAAUUUAAUUGCAAACCCAGUUUUUUGUUCUUUUAAUACUUGAGGAAAAGGCUGGAAAAGAGUAGCAGCAGCAGUUAAAGUUCUGUAGUGUGCUUUUGGUUUUUGGGGGUGUGGGUCCUCAUCUUUGGAGUCCCAUGGUAAGUGUAGGAAGGUUGGCCAGUGGGGGACAUGAGGUAAGGAGGGUCCUGGGCACCCCUGCAGCACUGACUCCCAAGGAUGAGGCCUAGAACCACACAGCCCCCUGGGAGCUAAGUCACCACUCUGUUCCCUGGCUAGUCCAGCCCUGGAGCACCAGGGCCUGGAACCCCAGCCUCCCCUCUAUAGGAGGGACCUGCCUAGGAGCAGCUACUGCAGGGUCAGCUGGUGUCCCCCAGAGCCCUGGCCUGAAUGUUCCAUUUGGGGCCAUCUGUAGCACCUGUGCAUGGGAACCUGAAGGUGUCCCCAUUGUGACUCCUGGGCCUUAUCGCGGGGAGUCAUGUGGCAUUGUAGCACUAGGUCUGGGAGGUGAAGAAGCCAAGGCUGUCUGGACAAACUCCACCGGCCGGUGCCCUAGUGCUUCUGUGUGCUGCCCCACAUGUUAUGUUCUCAUGCUCACAAUGCAUCCCAUCCACGUCGCAUCUCAUUUCAUCAGCACCAUGACUUUGGAAAGCAGCAAGACAGGUCUAUCUCUCUUCUCAGUAAUGGGGAAGUAAAGGGCUUCCAAACGGACACAGCACAGCCUAACCACAGGUGCACAGUGUGUGCCAGGAGCUGGGAAAGCCGCUUUGGGACGGGAUUCCUCCUGGAACAUCAGUUUAGAGAGGAAGCUCUCGGGUUUUGCCUUCUCAAAGCAUUUGUCCUGCAUCCAAUGAGUGCAAUGAUCAGGCCCCAGAGGAACUCCCGCAUCCACAGCAUGGGGGCUAAGUGUGGCCUCCUGGUAUGCAUGCUGUUCUGGGGCUGAUAAUGGGUAAGUAGCUCACUCGGGCCUACAUGGAGUAUCUGCAAGGUGGAAUUAGAAAGGGGCCCAGGUUUCUUGUCCACCAUAGUGCUGUCCCUGCCACACACAUAUCCAUUCCCAUUUUGUUGAAGUAACCAGUCCUCCUGUCCCCCUGCAGAGGGAGAGACUGUGGUACCCAUUCAUCCAGCUCCCUCCUGCGUACUUUUAUUAGGAAUAGACUAGUUAAGAAAACUGUUUCUAUGUACUGUAUAUUUUGUACCUGUUUACACUUCUAAUAUUGAUAUAACUGAUAUUUUGAAAAACAAAUGAACAGAAAACAUCCUGUUAAAAUAAAACCUAACCAGCACCCAA